CUCACUCCGAUCUGUUUCUGCAUUCCGCUGCAUUCUUCCAUCUGGUCCCCCUUGACAGGUCAGCCCACCACACUUUCCAACCCGCAAUUGAACCUUUCUUGCGCGCACCCAGGCCACGGCAGUAGCAUCCAUUAGUCGGAUACACCCAUCCCAAUUUGUCAAUUGCAAGCAAGCAAAGCAGGGCAGGCGCAACUGUCACCUCUUACCUCUCGCACACCACACCACAUACUGAUUUGGCAGUCACCGCACCAAACUCCCGUCACCACCAUCAUGCCUCACGCUACCGAUACCCUGACCAACGGCGACAAGCCGCAGUCCAAGUUCCUCUCCCAUCUCACCUCGUACCCAGCUGUCCACGACGGUAUUGAGACCUACAAGACCAAUCCAUAUGGCAAGAAGUCGCUGGAACUCGCCGAUGGCGCAUACGCUCGCUUCGGCAAGCCAGUCGAGCCAUACCUCCAGAAGCCGUAUGGCUACGCAGCGCCCUACGUGCAGAAGGUGGAUGAGCUGGCCGAUUCGGGCUUGAGCAAGGUCGAGACGCAGUUCCCCAUCGUCAAGCAGGACACCAGCACUCUCGUCGACACUGCCAAGGGCUAUGCCUUCUGGCCAUACAACUACCUGACUGGCACGUGGAACGACGAGUACACCAAGACUGCCAACCACAACAACCGUGGCGCAGGCGUUAGUACCGCUGUCAUGGCCCUGAUCAGCACCAACCUCAAGAUCGCUGCCGACGUCUUCCAGAUCCUUGCAGAUACGCUGGGUCCCAGGUACGAAGAGGGCAAGAAGAAGUCUGCCGACUAUGUGCGAAAUGCUCAAGAUCACCUUAAUGGCGUGAAGGAGGACGCCGGCGACAAGCUCGACACGUACUCGAAGCAAGGCAAAGAGAAGGUAGAAGAAGCAAAGAAGGUCGGCGAGGAGAAGAAAGACCAAGCCAAAGACCAAGCGAAGCAGACCAAGGAUGAGGCUAAGAAGCAGGCGAACAAGUAGAGUCCAAUGACCGAGACGAGCUGAAAUGUCUUUUGAACCGAUGGCUGAUUAUGUUUCGCAAAGGCGCAAGAGGAGUGCCCUACUCGACAAAGUAUAGAGACGGGCCUGGGGCACUCACAACAAAAUGCUGGAUGCUAUCUGCUGAGUAGUGGCGCGGUGAUUAGCGCCUGAUGGCUCUCUAAUCUUCUUGGUUCGAAUUUGCACCGAGAGCUGUGAGUGAUUUCAGGAGUCUGAAUGCUUGGGAUCCUGUUCACUGUUCGUUACGAGCGCCUGUAGCGAAUACCACAAUGUAGUUUUUAGGAAGAGAUACAUUCUUCACGAAUGAGAGAUGAAUAGAAAUGGCA